GACGAGACAAAGCCGUUCACUAAAAAAAAAAUUAAAAAACGUCGACAGUUUUAUUUUUUGUUUUUUGUUGAGUAUAAACUUAAGUUUCCACGGAAGAAGGAGCUGCUGUUCCCGGCAGGGUUGACCGUGGAGGAAUGAGGCGCUGGGUGCUCAGUUCACGAUGGGACGUGUGAUCAGGGGACAAAGAAAAGGUGCGGGCUCCGUGUUUAAAGCCCACGUAAAGCACAGAAAAGGAGCGGCCAAACUCCGCCACAUUGACUUUGCAGAACGCCAUGGCUACAUCAAGGGAAUCGUCAAGGAUAUCAUCCACGAUCCCGGCCGUGGCGCCCCCCUCGCCAAGGUGACGUUCCGGGACCCUUAUCGCUUCAAGAAGAGGACCGAGCUCUUCAUUGCCGCUGAGGGAAUUCACACGGGACAGUUCAUUUACUGUGGCAAGAAGGCCCAGCUCAACAUUGGCAACGUCCUGCCCGUGGGCACCAUGCCAGAGGGCACAAUCAUCUGCUGCCUGGAGGAGAAGCCCGGUGACAGAGGCAAGCUGGCCCGUGCGUCUGGAAACUACGCCACGGUCAUCUCCCACAACCCGGAGACCAAGAAGUCCAGAGUGAAGCUGCCCUCUGGCUCCAAGAAAGUCAUCUCCUCAGCCAACAGAGCUGUCAUCGGCGUGGUUGCCGGCGGCGGUCGUAUUGACAAGCCCAUCCUGAAGGCAGGUCGCGCCUACCACAAAUAUAAGGCCAAGAGGAACUGCUGGCCUCGUGUCCGUGGUGUGGCCAUGAACCCUGUGGAGCAUCCAUUCGGAGGUGGUAACCAUCAGCACAUUGGCAAGCCCUCCACCAUCAGGAGGGACGCGCCCGCUGGUCGCAAGGUCGGUCUUAUCGCUGCCCGUCGUACCGGAAGACUGCGCGGAACCAAGACCGUCCAGGAGAAGGAGAACUAGGUCUAAUGUGUUGAAAAUAAAAAUACAAUUUAUACCAAAACAAA